AUGAGAAAUCAAAUUUUAGUACUACUACUAAUAUUAUUUACUUCACAAAUUGUUAAGUCAGAUUACGACACAGUCACAGACGACGAUAGUUUUAUUAUGGAAAUUAUCCGCUAGCAUGAUCCUGAAGGCAAACUUUUAUUUUCUAAAGAAAUGUAUUUUAAAGUACUUAGAGAUAUAAUUGGAGCAGGCAUGAGUUUAGCAGGAUAGAACUUUAAUUAAGAAAAAAUAUAACUUUUAAUAGAUGCAAUUCAUGAUUUUGUAGAAUCAAAACCCGAUGAACUAGAAAAUAAAUUAACUUACAAAGAUGUUUUUGAAGAUCUUACUUCCAAAUUUGUUAUGUUUUUGUAAGAAAAUAUAAAGAAAUAUUAAGUUGCAUACGAAAUGAUGUACGGUGAGUCUGAAAUUCUGCCACCUAUUAAUGAUGAAGAUGGAGAAAAGGAAGACUAAAGAAACGUCGAUGAUCUUUGA